AUGCGCGCGACGACGUGCGCGUUCGCGCUCGAUCGCACAUCGGUACGAACGAACGCCGGCGCGUCGACGUCGAGAUCGAAUCGAGCGGUUCCGCCGCGGUCGUCGACCAGUCCACGCUCUCGUCGAAGAGACUUCAUCGCGCUCUCCCUCACCUUGGUCGCUCUCCGCGACGACGAGGCGAGGGCGCAGACGAACGCGCGUGCGCUCAUGGAACCCGAGGGUACGAUCGAGACUGGACUCACCGCGAACGCUCGAAUCCGAGCGUGCCCUCGAGAGCACAACUGCGUCUCGACGUCGGCGCGAGAGAGCGAUAAGUACGCUUCACCGUGGACCGCCCCGAAUACGUUCCGAGACGUCAAGUCGACGGCGAACGCUCUCGUGGACGCCGUCCUGGACACGGUUGAUGGGUCGAAACUGGUGCAACGCGACGAUCGUAAAGAUGGCACGUACUUGGGCUUCAAAGCUCCUGGUAAGCUGGGCGAAGACGUCAUCGAGUUUUUUGUCAAGUCGGACGAAGUCAAGGACCGCGGGUGGGAGGGUGACGAAGGGAACGGUUCAUUGAUCCUCUACCGCUCCUUCGCGUUAGAUGUCAAGUAUGUGUAUCCGUUCAUGACCCCGAUCGGGGACCUGGGCGAGCAAGCGAAGCGUCUCGGACGCAUCAGACACGAGCUCGGCGCGCGACAGCUGGGAUGUGAGUUGGUGGAAUGUUUUUCAUAA